AUGAACGCGGCGAUUCAAUGUUUGGUCCACUCGCCUUUGCUUCCGGAGUACUUCAAGUCAGAGUACAAAUUCGAUGUGAAUCUGAACACCAAGUUUGGAAUGGCCGGGAAACUGGCCGUGGCUUUCGCCGAGCUUCUACGAGACAUUCACAACGCCCGGGAAACAGGCUCUGGGGUGGUGGCCCCAAGGGACUUCAAGCGGAUCUUCUCAGACUUCAAGCCGCAGUUUGCCGGGUGGAAACAGCAGGAUUCCCAAGAAUUCCUCUCGAUGUUUCUGGCCGGACUGAGUGAAGACGUGAACCGCACCACCAAAAAACCCUACCGAGAGCUGAAAGACUCCGAAGGCCGCCCGGACGACGAGGUGGCCUUGGAGUACUGGCAGGCUCACUGUCUUCGUGAGGCCACGAGAUUCGGAAGGAACCCAUCCAGCUAUAGCUAUCCGCUUCAGAUUUCAAGAAUACAAGUAAAGGCAGUCAAGGGUGAGCAGUUGAGUCCCACACUUCCGAGCACACUUGAGCUUCACCGGAGCACGUCGCCAGCGCUCUGCUGUGGCGGCGCUCUUCUCGGGACAGUUCCGCUCGGUCCUGCGGUGUCAGAAAUGUGGUUAUACGAACCAUUCGUUUGA